UCUUCAGGAUGAAUGCAAGGUAUAUGUAUAUUUUUAUACCAUAUCAAGUUUGUCUGUAUUGAGUCUUAAAAAACAAAUUUGUAAAGGUUGGGAAUUUUCUUUGAAGAGAGAUGAGUAAAGAAAAAAAUUGAUCCAGGCCUCUUCAGGGCUGCCAGCAGUUUGAUUCAUCCCAUUUUCUCAAUGUAAAUUCCUCUUACUACGUAUUAGUUGAGGGAUGAUUCUUGCAACAUCUAUGUGUGGGUGUUGCAUUAAACAGCUGCUAAAUGUUGAACUAGUUUGUGACUGGAUUGUGUUUUGUUCCCACCUUCCCUGUUAAUUGGACAUUUAAGGCAUCUACAAGAUUUGUGGUUGGAGAGGUACAUACUUUACUAAGAAUUUUUUUGUUUAAUUCUAAUACCUUUACUUCAUGUUAUAAAAAUAAAAACCAAGACAUGGUGAGGCUGCCAAUUGCUUUUUUGUGCAUUGGAUACAUUCUGUUAACUCUUGCAGACAAUGGCGAUUUUGACUUAAAAGAUGCUCUUGACCCAAAUGAUAAGAAGCCUUCUGAAGCAACCAAAAAGCCACCAGGGGGUAACAAACCCCGACCUCUCUUAUAUCCUGACCUUAGACCAUAUUCAGAUAAUCAUGGAAAUGGCGGUGCCUUUAAUGACCUAGAUCUCAAUGAUGGGAAAUCUUUACCUCCACGCCCAGCAGGAGAAUGAAUGAAGAUCAAGUUCAGUGUUUUGCAAUGGCCAAGUCAGAAGGCAGACCACAAUCCAACAAAAAUAAUAUGGCAGGAGCAGAAACAAGUAAUUUUUGCAAGUAAAUGUAAGUAAUGUAAAUAAAUGUUACUCUGGUGAAGCAGUUCAGCAAGGAGAAAUGGGUCAAAAUUCCUACAAAAAGUGUGAGAGUCUAAUUGCCAGUUAGGGAAACUAUGGUAACACUAUUGCAGCUAAAAAGGUGCAACAUUUUGAAUCAAAGGAUAACAUUGUGUGUGGGGGGAGGAGGUCCUAAGCAUCUGAUUUAUUCAACAAAAGAAUAGCUAAAAGCAGAAAAGAUGUGUUUUGGAAUCACCCAAUCCUGGCCCUAACUGAAAUGUUCUGGCAUAACCUGAUUAAAGAUUAGUCAGCCUUUUGGGAUAGAGUAGAUCAGGAAGACUCCACCAGAAAAUUAUCCAUUAUUAGGAUACAUUAUCAUAAGAGAUACAAACGUGAAUGUAAUUGACCUCACUUCUCUUUUAUAUCCCUGUGAAUCAGGGAGGGGCCUACCUGAGGCUUUUCCUUAUGUUAUCAUGUUUCCCAGGAGUUAAGGAAUAUUUGCUUACAUAAUUGUUCUUGCCUAUUUACUCCCAAACUAUCUUCCUAACUCUCUAUAGAAGUUCAUUAAAAUAGCCCAAAAUAUUAAUGAUUUGAAGCAGUUUUGUAAAGGGCAAAGAUAUCUCCAGCUGAUGUCCAGAACUGAUCAAGUAUGAAAAUACUUGGUUGGUCAUUAAUUAUGUUUUUAGGCCAUCAAACAUCAAAACAACUCUGGACAGUUUUACAAGUGAAAGGAAGUAAAGUAAAAAAAAAUCAUCCAAAGAAUAACAUAACAUCCAAUCACAUCUCUUCCAACUGAAAUUGGCCUGCUAAGCCUCCCAACCAUAUGCCUGGGGAUAAAUCAAGUUUUUAAAAAUGUCUCAAUGUUGGGAAAGAAAUGGGGAUAGUACAAUAUCUGAAGAGAUAUUGCUGUAACGGCUAAGUACUGAAACAGAAAAGGCCUGUUUCCUGUGCCUCAGUGGCAUAGUUUAAUCAAUGAUAUCCAAAGCUAGACAUGUUGAAUUGCAAAGGAUAGGCUGAGACUACAAAAAAUAGGUAUUUCUUCAAAUAAUUAGUUUCUAUGCCAUAUGGAGCUUUAUAGUUAACAACUAACAUCACGAUCUGCAUGCAGAAACCAACUGGUAACCAAUGAAGCUCAUGUAACAGGAUAUUACAUAGCGUUAGCAAGGCUUUCCCAUCACUGCUAGAAAAUCUCCAGAACCAAAAGGACUAAGCAUCCAGAGCAUCCAGUCUUGCUAAAGGUUAAGACUGUGUCUCAAGUCUUUGGCUAACUAUCCCUCUCUCCACCAGUACAGACUGGAACCAAUAACAAAGAACCACUGCAGUGUUGUGCUCCAGAAUCUGAUCCAAAUAAGAGGACCAAAAAUAUAUUAUAGUUAAUGAUAUCAAAAGCCACUGAGAGGUCUAGAAGCAUCAUCUUUAUCCCAACACCAUUAUAGGUUAUUAAUAAGCAUGACCAGCCAUGAUUAACAAGCAUGACCAACCAUCUCAAUACUAUAUCCAAACCUGGAACCUGACCAGAAAAGAUCCAGAUCCAGUAAUCUUUUUUUUCCAGAUUAUCGGGAAUGCUGAGAAGAUUCUAGUAUCUUUUGUAAGCGCAACACAAUUAUUGUACCUUGCCAAUAAUCUUCUCUGAGAAGAGAAGACUGGAGAGUGGAUGAACAUUGUCCAGUCUGGUUAGUCUAUUGAGGGCCAUGGCAGUGUACCACUACCCCCACCAACCAUCCCCUCUCUUAAGAAAGCUGAUAUCACCUCCCAAGCAACUUUCAGAAGCCAUAAGAGGCAGGGCUCCAACAAGUAGAUCCCUAGGAUCAUGCCUACUUCUUCAAGAAUUACAGAAUCAAAUCUUCCUAGGUAACCAAGUAAGACCGUACCUCCAGCGACCUUGAUGUGCCCAACUGGAGCCCAAUUCUGAACAAAUUCAAUCUAUUUUGUCUGCUAGUUGCCUGGCAUAUUUGAAGUUGAAAUAAUUGUUGCUGACAAAGGUGCCACCAGUUAGUAAAUCUAAAGCUUCACAUACUUUCUUCCCAACACAGACAGAUGGACAGAAUGUUGGCUCAGUGUAUUCCAUAAAAUAUAUUGUUUUAUGUUUCUAUGCAUUUGUGUUUUAAGCCCAAAUCACUUUAUUAAUAGAAUAUAGAAGGGUAGAUCACACUACAGAUCAUUGUAUACUGCAGGAUUAUAGAAAAUUUUAAAGGGUUCACAAACUUUCUCUCAUCAUUAUACCACCUUUAUCCAUGGGCAUAAGUACAGUUUAGUAGCAUAAUCUACUUGCUGAUCACUCAAAUGCCAAUAUAUUAUACCCAUUCAUCAUAGAUGAUGCUCAGCUGAACUUGAACCACUGUAUGACUUAAUGAGUGACUAUGGGAAUAAAUGCAUAAAGUAUGUUGAAAAGAUUAAAUCUCUAAUAUCAGAUAUAUCUAACAGUAAGGGGUGCAGUGGUGCAGAGGCUUAAAGACACUGGAUGUGCUGAGCAUUUGCUAGUACUCUGGUGGUUCGAAUCCAACUUUGUAGGAUAGGGUGAGCUCCCACAUUCCCGGACUAGUGACUGUCAGCUGCCAGGACUUCUACUAAAGUACAUAACAUUGUAGCCUCCCUGGCCUUGUAUGCCAUAUGCUAAACAAACAAACAAACAAACAAACAAAUAAUCUAACAGUAUAAUUAUACCAAGAGAGUUUAAGAGAGAUAUCAGAUAAUCUGAAAAUAUAAAUGUAUCUGUAGUAAUCAGUCCUUAGUCAUUGAAGGGUGCAAAGAAAUGGCCGCUCCUUACGCAGCAUUUAUUGUUUAUAUAGAGUUUUACAAAUAGCAAAAGUUACUGCAUGGCAAUAGCAUUUCAUUGGC